AUGUUCUUUUGUUAUUUGUUGAUCAUUUUCGCAAUUAUUCCCUCGAUUUCCGUUUGUCUUUGCGCUCCAUCGCCCGUCAACGCCACGUUUUGUCAAGCCGAUUGGGUUUCCCGCGUUUACGUCAACUCGACCGAGCUGCUCAUCGAAAAGCACAUCCGCCAAUACACCGUCACUCAUUUGGAAGUGUUCAAGUAUCCAUCGAAUGCCACCCGAGAGCUUUCCCCAGAAAUCCGCACCGCUCCAUUUGACUCCUUUUGUGGGGUGAUGCUCGAGUUGGGCGGCGAUAACGAAUUUCUGCUAUCCGGUAAAGAAAGCAAUGGCACGUUGACAAUGGAGAUUUGCGAUCAGAUCGUUCCAAAACCGAAAAAUGUCGAAUUGAAAUGGGAAAAGUACCCAGUUAACUUCACGGAAACGCUGGAGUCGAUCGAGUGCGAU